CAUCAUUUACGUCGCCCAUUACGUUGCCACACACCUGCGGUUUUGUCCGAACGGCCAAUCUCCCUUUCGGUGUCAUAUCUUCUUACGCUCUGCAAGUGAGACGUCGCUGUCUGCUACGUGCCCUGAUGCGCGCACUCCGGCAGUCGUGAGCGCCACCGACCCUCGAAGUCCGACGCCCCCUUUGCACUUGUUGCGCCGAACACCACCACGACCGUCAAGGUGGCGGAUCCCAGUCGCUUGCGGUUAUCCGCACGAAUACUUCAGACACGGCCACGAUGGAGUCGAGAUAGCCUGCGCGCCGGCCGGGUGGCCACGAGGCGGCGCUACGGGACCGUCGCGUCCAGCUCCGACAGACACACAUCCCGCGACCGGGUGGCCGCGGACGAGGCGGCGUUGCCCAUACGUCAUCCAUGGUCCAGCGCGCUGCAGCCCGAGCCGGCCAUCGUGAAGCCACGGCCCUCUCCGCAAUUCUACGUGCCUUCUGUCUUGUUACCAGCUGAAGCCGCAAAGGCCCCGACCGUGCACAAGAUUCACAUCCUGGGCGAGGACGAGCGAUCCAAGUUUAUCGCGCACGCUCUCUCAGGCGUCUACGACUCUGUCGAGAUGCUGGGGUGGCGAAAUACCUCGUCGAAAUACCGCAACAUCCAGAGGGCCAAGCCCGGCAGCCGGCGAUCUGUCAAGGUCGAAGCGAAUAUGGCAGUUCCACGAAUACUGGCACAAGAGGACGACUCACAUAUUGAUCAGCUCGUGGUGACUGGAAAGGGCCACGAGGCAGCAGACGCUCUCGAAGCGGUCAAGCAUCGAGUCGAUGAGAACACGACGGUGUGUUUAAUGAAUGACGGGCUCGGCGUUCUGGAGGACGUGCGGCGCAAAAUCUUCGAGGGUGCAGAGACGGGCCCGAGCUUCUUGCUCGGCCAUAUGAGCCAUCGCCUGGCAUUCAAUCGGACAUAUGACUCGGUCAAGCAGCUCAAGAACGGCGAGACGAGAUUCACGCUCGCGGAACUCUCGCCGCACAAAGGGAAGCAGGCGCGCCAAGAACCGCACAAGACGGAGACGCGGUCUAAUUUCAUACAAACACUCCAGGAGGCCACGGAUCUUCACUCGUCUCUGACGACAUACGACCAGUGGUUGCGCUUCAAGCUUCCGUCGGUCAUUUUCGACUCGGUCGUCGAGCCGGUCUGCGUGUUACUGGAAAUGCCAUACCAGGGCUUACUUCAGAACCCAGCAGCUCAGAGGAUGAUGCACAGCCUCCUUUCUGAGAUUGUUCAGGUAGUGGAGAACAUGCCCGAGGUGGAGGGGUCCUCGGUGCUGCAGAGCUACGUCCACGGCCGCGGGAUCAAGAGGCUGCUGCACAGUCGCAUCAUGGCGAAGCGCGCGCAGCCCAGCCAGCUCGUGCGGAGGAUCGAGCACGGGUUGCCCACAGAUGUUGAGUAUCUCAACGGCUACUUUUUGCGACGCGGUCACAAGCUCGGGCUGGAUCUGCGGACGAACAUUAUGAUGCGCGACAUGAUCAAGGCGAAGCACUCGCAGGCGAUUGAGAGGCUCAACUCCUACAUACCCGUCGAGGAGACGUCGAUACCAAGCGACUUGGCAUUUCGGUAUCGGACGGUGCCCCGAUGACGGAGAGUACCUGAGAAGGGAUCAGCUGUAUAUUUUGUUGUAUAAGCAUAGCAUGGGUGUGUAAAUUAUGGUCACGAGCUUAGAUCCCAUUCACGGUCGGUCACGUCUCAGGCGCGGCCGGUCUCAAAUACUCUUUUGUCCAGUAUGAGUAGGACUUUCUUCCGAGUCAAUAGUUGCCC